AUGACGAGUUUGGGCGUCAUUUAUGACAAGAUUCACUCGAGACACGACCCGACAUGGACCAGGUGUCUAGAGCAGCCGGGCGGGGGCGUGGUGAUCUGUGUCGCCUGUGUCAUCGAAAUGAUGGCGAGUGACGAUGUUGCGUCAGUGCGGAAGUCUGUUGCUCUGUCCAGUAUCAGAGGGUUAUUGAAAUUCUCUCCAGGAGUUGUGAGAGAACUGCUCCAACAGGACCCCAGAGUCUGUCUGCAUUUCAUUGCAUCUCUACUGGGGAUGCUUAACACGGUGGAGAACCCUGCCACUCUAGAGCAGGUCAUCCAAGUGCUUGUUCAGUUGCUGUUAGAACUCCAGAGUGAGCAGUACUUUCACUAUAUUUUGGAUGACAUAAACACGCAGCUCUGCAACCAGCACAGUCUGAGAGGUUUUCUGCCCACUUUCACCUUCCUGGGGAAGCUGAUUGAGGCUGUCCCUAGUCUAGCCCACAGCCUGGUGGCUCAGUAUGUGCCCUUGCUGGAGCAUCUGUGCUUGGCCCUGCUGUACCCAGAUGAGGGGCUUAAGUCGUCACUCUUCUACGUGUGGCAAAAACUUUGCAGCAGGACAAGCAGACGUACGGCACUCCUGUCCCUACCCACUGCCAUCAGAGAUAAAGUGUGUGCCCUCCUGCUGCAGACCAUGGCGAACGCCUGCUUGCCAGAGCUCACCAUUAACUGCCUGGGUCUGCUAAAGCAGCUUGUGCAGCUGGGGGAGGUUGUGUCAGUUCUGAUGAACAGCCCCAGUGAUCAGAUCCUGUCCAAUUCGGACCAGAACCUAUGCCACAAUGGUAACAGCCAGACCCUCGGCCAGAACCAAGAGCAACAGUCCCUGGACCGCUGUCCUUUGCCACUCAUACUGAAAAAGUUGCUGCUGAGUGGCGAUGAGAUGUUGCAGGUGGCCAGUGCUCAGUGUAUGGCCCAAGUCCUGGUCCACUCCCCCAGUCAGUACUGUGCCCCCUUCAUCUUGGCUGAUGUACCUGAGUUUUUGUUUGAGCGUCUGGCCAGUAGCAAUAGUGAGGUGCUGCUGUGGUCUGUCUACAACUGCCUGCUGCUGCUGACUGAGGACCCGCGUUUCUUCUCCCACUGUCACUCCGUCUAUGGUAUCGAUUCCCUGGUGCGCAGCCUUAAUGAAGCUCUGAGGUUGACCAACCUGGUGGUACAGAAAGAAGGUCUACUGCUCCUAACUGAGAUCUUGGAGAGGCAGCCCUCAGGUGUACGCCUGUUCCCCAGUGGUCCAGGGUUUGUGGCGGUGUCGCAAGCGGUAGUAACCGGAGUCUCCUCUUCCUGUCUGCUCGUGGCCACUCAGGCUGCUUGCGCUGCCGCGGUCCUCCUUAGAUUAAACCACCAGUCCAACCCAGUCCAGUACAGGGCGAUAGAGAAGCUGGUAGAAGCCAUCACUAACAGAUGCACUGAGCUUCCUCUGCCCUCUUCAGUUCACCGACGAAGCACUGGGGGACUGAAGGGGAUGAAUCCCAGCAGCCAGGCAUCGACGCCAGGGAUGUUUCUACAUCAGGCCCUCGUCUGCUUCCAGACCACUUGUAGAUUAGCGGAGCAGUGUGCGUCAGAGUCCUGUCUUAAGGAGAACGUGUUCAGAGCUCCAUCUAAACAGCACCAGGUUGGGGACUCACUGGAGUCUCUGUGUAUGUGUCUGCUCCACUACUGCGACACUGUCUACAUACCCACCGUCACUAGGAUGUGUGAGCAUGCCCCCAGUGCCCAGGUGCUCCAGUGUUUCUACUCCAUCCUAACCUACCAGUUUAUCCUCUUACCCUCUUUCAUGCCUCUAUUCGCCUCCAAGCUAGCAUCCUCUAGUUUCUACAGGUUGGCGCUGGAACACAAAGCUCUCCUGUGUGCAAGAAACAGGAACCCAAAUCUGAAUGCAUCGUGCUGUGGUUUUCUGCAAAAACUCACUAUGUGUUUGCUGUCUCCGUUGGAUCCUGCAGAUGGCUCACACCAAAAUGAUCAUGGGGAGCUGGAACUCCUAUUGCAGUGCAGCCUGCCCUCUCUGUGUUACCGUGUGUCAGAGUGGCCCUCGCUUCUGUGUGAGGCCCCGGCACUCCAGCUGUCUGAUUCUACGGGACCCAGGGCCACUCAGUAUUGUCUGGUCAUACUAUUACACCAAGCACUGCAGUAUGGAGACAGGCUCCUCCCAGACCAGUCUUUGUUUUCUAGUGUGGUGCAGCUAAUGUGUUCUGUCCAGGAGCAGGGUGACAGUCCCCUUCCUCACUUUGUGCUCAGGUCUGCCCUCUACCUGGUGGCAGUCACACAGGACAAGAGCCCCAACAUUGACUGGACUCCUUUGAACUGCAUUUGUAAGGUCCUCUCUUCCUGCCAGAGCCUCUCCUCCGUCUACACCCACCACCCUUCACUUCCCCACUUCAUCUUUCGCUACCCGAAGUUGGCAGAGAGAUUUGGGCCAUUGGUUCUGGAAUUGUGGCUGACCCAGCGGGACCAGUGCACAGCAUCAGAACAGACUGCUGCACUGCAGACAGAAGAACAGAAGCAGGGGGAGAAUAGUAAGAACCUGGCAGAGGAGAAGCAGGACCAGCAGAUCGACCCAGACACCAUGGAGCUGCUGGAGCUCAUUGAGAAGUACCCAGCUGUCAUCCUGACACUGCUGGAUAUGGUGUGCAACAAGGAGACUCCUCUGGCAGAGCGGGCCCUGGGGGUGUUGGGAGUUUUCCUGCGAGGUCAGAGGGGCUGUAAGCCUGACCUGUGUGCUGUCCUCAGACCAGCCCUCCUCCAGGCGUUACAGAGACUUAGUGUGGAAAAUAGCCAAGGCCCAGAGGAACGACACAUGGACUCUCUCCCUCUGGUGUUGAGACUGCUGUGUCUGAUGCAGGCUGGUGAUCCACCGUCCCCUCCCUCCGAUAGAGACAUAGACUUCAAGCUGCUCUACCAUGUGAAUAAUCUAGUAGGGAGGCUGAAACCCAGCAGCACAGAGGGCCUGUUCCCUGCGCUCACCUACCUCUACUGCCACCUAAGCUUGUCUUCUGAACACUGCUCUGACAGAGCUGUCUCCAUGCUACUAUCCAACACCAGACUGAUGGACCAUCUGCAGGCGAUCCUCUCCUCCUCCUCCUCCUCCUCCUCCUCCUCCUCCUCCUCCUCCUCCUCCUCCUCCUCCUCCUCCAAUCUUUCCCUCCCUUCAUCCAUCUCUCCCUCCUCAGCUUUGCUGUGCUGCGCCCGUCUGCUCCUGUCCUCCCUCAUUAUGUUGCAGCACCUUCACUCCUUACAGGUCUAUAAGAGAAUCAGUUGGAGUCUGGACAGCACUGUGCAGUGUCUGGUUUUCCAGAAGAGAAACGCAGACAAUUUCUCGCUGGCCACUUCCCUGAGGCUUUUGCAGGUUAUGCUUGAUGUCAACCUUGCCUCAACAUUGGUGAGUUUAGGUACCAAUCCCACACUGGUCAGGCCCCUGGGAGACACAGACAUAGCGCUCUACCCUCUCUGCUCCCAGGGAGCCCGCUGCCUUGCUGCUGUUCUCUAUGGGCUGUUAUUACAGAAGCAGGAGCUGCUGCUAAGAGUCUCAGUGAACUGCUUGAGUUCCCUGCUGAGCUUUCUACACAGGAGGAGUCCCGCCACAGCCCAGCAUGUGGUGUGUCAGCCAUGGAGCCGAUUCCUUCUCUACUCGCUGCUUAACUCAGGGGAGAGCUGCCUGCUCCACCCAGCCACUCUCACACUCAUCACACUGCUCCUGAGGUAUGGCGACAGUAUGGUAGUGCUGUGGGACCCUGAUCUGAACCAGGUGUUGGAGGCGGCAGAGAGGAGAGGUCCAAGAGAGCAUGGAUAUGAAGAAGCACAGGCCCUGAGGCAGCUUCUGGCACAGAUCCAGAGCAGCAAUCUGCAGCCACCGCUUACAGAUGAACACAGGUGUAGAGUAAGGCGUGUGAUAGAAUCCUUGGGCCCCCAGUCCUCUGCCGAAAGCCUCAGCGACGACUUACCCACCAGCAUUCUGCGUGUGGGAGACUUGUCCAUCUGUCUGUCUGACUUCACACUGAGAGCCACUGAAUAUUCUGGAAGACUAUCAGAUACAUUUUAAAGAGUGUUUGGCAUCUAAAUUGAUUAAUAGUUAUUUCAUUGUGUGUUAUUUGGUUACCCAUUUCCUUGCUGGGCU